CACACACACACACAUUUUUCUCUCUCUACUUUCUCUCUCACACACAAAUACACACAGAUAGACAAAGACACAGCUUAGCUUACAUUAUUUGUUUAUCUUCUUGAUGAAGUUCACAGGACCCCAUCAACAUCUUCUCUCUCUCUCUCUCUCUCUCACUGUCUAUCAACUCCCCCAUGCAUGAAACUAAUCAAUUUCAUCUCUUUCUUUUAAUUAAUUUUCUCUCUCUCCUCAAACAUAACUGAAAAACAAACAAACUAUACUACUACUUUCUCUCUCUAACCCUUCUGCACUCUUUUGUUUUCUAUAAGUACAAAAACUUUAGGGUUUUAUACUGAAAGUAAUACUGAUGAUCAUGUCACCUGCUAAUAACAAACCAGCCGCCGGAAAAGACGACCGUAGAACCCCUUCCUCCGCGGCGGCGGCCGCCAGGCCGCCGCAGGAGCCGGCGCUGAAAUGCCCGAGGUGCGAUUCCCCGAACACGAAGUUCUGCUACUACAACAACUACAGCCUCGCCCAGCCGAGGCACUUCUGCAAGACAUGCAGGCGGUACUGGACAAGAGGCGGCGCGCUGCGGAACGUCCCCAUAGGCGGCGGCUGCCGGAAAAACAAGAAGUCGUCCAAGUCCUCCUCCUCCCCGAGGCUCUCCACCGGCGGAGACUCGAUGGAUAACUCCGGCGGGUCGGGCCGCGACGGGAACGGCGGGUUGAAGUUCUUUCAGGGCAUCUCGCCGGCUAUGGAUUUUCAGCUCGGAGGAGGGUCGGCGGCGGCGGCGGCGAUGAUGAUCAACUUCCCCGCCGCACCUCUUUUCAACCAGUUCUCUCACUUCGGCGAUUUGUCGAACACCUGCGGUGCAAUAUCGUCGACGCCGUGUUUCACGGCUUUCGACCCUUCUGCGACAACUUCUUCUCCUCCGUUAAUGGGGUUCAACUUUCCGUUCUCGUCUCCGUUAAUCAAGCAAGGAGAGAAUAAUUUCCAGAGCAACCUCGCUUCCUCCAUUGAAUCAUUGAGCUCGAUCAACCAAGAUCUGCACUGGAAACUUCAGCAGCAGAGGCUAUCCAUGAUGUUCGUCGGCGAUCAUCACCACCACCAGAGAGAAAACAACGCCGCCGUCGCUCCGCCGCCGUCGAAUAUAGGAACCUUAAAUCUCGCUCAGAAACCCCAGCCCAUCUUGUUUCAGAAUCUCGAUGUUUCCAAGGCGGACGAAUCUUGUGGGGCCGGGACUCAAAGAAGAUCAGACCACUGCGGCGGCGGAAACCAGAACCUGUCGACGGAAUGGUUUUUCGACAACAGCUCCUACGCCGCCGUGACGCCAACUCCGGCGUCUAGCGGCAGCAAUGUGAACGAUCAGAAUAACAGCGGCAACUGGAGUAAUCUUCAAGCAUGGAGUGAUCUCAAUCAGUACGCUUCACUCCCAUAAUUUAAAAAGAUCAAAUCAAGAAACAAUGGACAAUUCAUUUAGGAAAAGAAAGAUCAUCACAAUUAAGAAAUGUUAAUUUGUUAUUUGUAUUUAUUUAAUCAAUCUUCAUAAUAUUAUUCUCUUUUCACAACAAUUCAUUCAAAAAAUUAGAUGUUACACC